ACCCCCUCCCCCUCCCCCUUCCCCUCCCCUCCCCUCAAACGAACGAGUCUUGAUCCCCCUGUGCGCGUGCGAGAGCAAGGACAAACCCCUCGGAUUCGGAGCCUUAUCGAACUCGGAUUGGUUCUCGUUGGACCUUUGCUCUCCUGGUUGAAUUUGCUCCCGGGCAUCCCUACCUUGUCGUGGAGUUCUUUUCGUUAAUGAUUUGAAGGGUUUAUUCGGUCGUUUGUUGUUCUUCUGGUGGCGGUGGAGAUGCUGGCGGUGUAGUGGAUGGGGAGUAGUAGGAAGGGUGGAGGUGGCCCACAAGAUGCUAAGGAGGCCGUUGUCGGAAUGCCGAGCUUCGUUUCCUCGCUCACCGUGGCUCACCCAGCGUAUGCGAAGCUUGUACCACAGAAGGAAAUAUUCUGCAUACUUCUCGAGGUUCUAAUGUUGGGACACUUGAAAAGUCUAAUGUAUUUCAAAUAGAGGAAGCUACGGAUCUAAGCACAAAUCCUUUACCUAAUAAAAAGUCAGGCGGUCUCAAUCUUAAAACAAGUGGUCUCUCUGUUGCCUCUGAUCCUCUUCAAUUUGGUGUUUAUGACAGUCUUGUUGCUUCAUCUGGGAUGACUUUGCUAGCAAAAAGAGCUGGGACUUUGGCAGUGACAAUUCAGAAGGCACAUCAACAUACUCUGUUGUCUUCAUCCAGUGCUCACAUUGAGAACUGGGGAGAAUCUACCAUGGCAGAUACUAGUCCUUGGACUGAUACAUCAACCGAUAUUGACACUGAUGAAAAGGACCAGAGGUUUGAAGAAAGGCAAGUUGCAGAUGUUGCAGCUUCUGAUUCAAGUGACAAAUCAAAGGAUAAAUCAGAUAUUAAGACACUUCGUAGACUUGCUCAAAACAGGGAAGCUGCCAGAAAAAGCCGGUUAAAGAAGAAAGCAUACAUUCAACAACUAGAGAGUAGCAAUUUGACGCUCAAUAAACUUGAACAAGAGCUUCAGCGAGCUCACCAACAGGGCAUCUUCAUUUCGAGCUCUGGAGAUCAGUCACAUUCAAUGGGUGGAAAUGGAGCUCUAGCAUUUGACAUGGAAUAUGCACGUUGGCUGGAAGAGCAAAACCAGCAGGCUAAAGAGCUGAGGGCUGCAGCAAAUUCACAUGCUAGUGAUGAUGUUCUUCGAGUCAUUGUUGAUGAUGUUAUGCAGCAUUAUGACGAACUUUUUCGUAUCAAGAGUGUGGCAGCCAAGGCAGAUGUUUUUCAUAUCCUCUCGGGAAUGUGGAUGAUGCCAGCAGAGAGGUGUUUUCUGUGGCUGGGGGGCUUCCGGUCAUCUGAGCUCCUGAAGUUACUUGCAAGUCAUUUGGAACCUCUUGCCGAGCAGCAGUUGGUCGGGAUAUGCAACUUGCAGCAAUCCUCACAGCAGGCGGAGGAUGCUCUUUCGCAAGGGAUGGAAGCGCUACAGCAGUCGCUGUCCGAAACUUUGGUUUCUGGAUCUCUUGGGUCUGCAGGAUCAUCGGGGAACAUUGCGAAUUACAUGGGUCAGAUGGCAAUGGCCAUGGGCAAACUUGGGACUCUCGAAAAUUUUCUAUGCCAGGCUGACAACCUGCGCCAGCAGACACUACAACAACUGCAGCGCAUAUUAACAACUCGCCAGUCUGCUCGUGCACUUCUAGCCAUACAUGACUAUUUCUCGAGGCUCCGUGCAUUGAGCUCUCUGUGGCUUGCUCGGCCACAGGAAUAAACAAGUAUGCUCAACUUGAUCAUAGAAAUAGUGUUUGUCCAAAUAUGAUUCGUCACAUUUCUUCGAGGUUACGAUCUGGUCAAUUAGACAUAAGAAACAUCUAACGAUUUCAAAAGUUAUAUUUCCAUGGGAGAUCCUAGCCUCUCGUCUUGUAUUAUGCUUUAGUAACUAAAUAUUUAUUCUGCACGGUUUAAGUUGCACAUUCCGGAGUCUCCUAAUAAUGUCUAUAGAUUAUCCAUGGAUAGGGUCAUGAGAGACCUGCAUCAGCUCUUCAAUAAAAAAAACUUUGCAUUGAUCCACUA